AUGGGUAAGGGUACUCCAUCUUUCGGUAAGCGUCACAACAAGUCCCACACUUUGUGUAACAGAUGUGGUCGUCGUUCCUUCCACGUUCAAAAGAAGACCUGUGCUUCUUGUGGUUACCCAUCUGCUAAGACCAGAUCUUACAACUGGGGCCAAAAGGCUAAGAGAAGACACACUACUGGUACCGGUAGAAUGAGAUACUUGAAGCACGUCGCUAGAAGAUUCAAGAACGGUUUCCAAUCUGGUACCGCUUCUAAGGCUUCCGCUUAA